GGGACUUUUGGAGUCAGCAUCGUGGCGGCCAUUUUGGCUUCUCUGGGGUGUGUUGACCGAUCUGAGAUCGCAGAGUGCCUAGUCGGGGCUACGAAGGCCUGCGGGGAGUCGUCGUUCCUUCUGCAUGGAAGCAUCUAAGCCUUGGGGGCGCCACCCUAGGUGACCCACGCCAGGCCUGGGACAGGAGCGCCGUGCUCCGGCCCCUCCCCUGGUCGCCGCCGCUCCUGGCCCAUCUCCACCCGCAGUCUGAUGGCAGCGGCCAGUCUGAGGGCGCCGGCUCGGGGCACUGUGACCUUUGAAGAUGUGGCUGUUCACUUCUCCUGGGAGGAAUGGGGUCUCCUUGAUGAGGCUCAAAGAUGCCUGUACCGUGAUGUGAUGCUGGAGAACUUGGCUCUUUUAACCUCCCUGGAUGUUCAUUACCAGAAACAGCACCUUAGAGAAAAACAUUUCAGAAGCAAUGUGGACAGAGCCUUGUUUGUGAAGACCUGCAUAUUCCAUGUGUCAGGGGAGACUUCCACAUGCAAAGAAGUUGGGAAGGACUUCCUGGCCAAGUUGGGAUUUCUCCAUCAACAGGACACUCACACUGGGGAGCAACCAAAUAGCAGAAGCGGUGGGGCUGUCAGUCACAGAGGAAAAACUCAUUACAGUUGUGGAGAAUACGUAAAAGCAUUCAACCGUAAACACUCACUUGUUCAGCAGCAGAGAACCCUCACUACAGAAAAGUGUUACAUGUGCAGUGAAUGUGGGAAAUCCUUUAGCAAAAGCUACAGCCUCAAUGACCACUGGAGAGUUCACACUGGAGAAAAGCCUUAUGAAUGUCAAGAGUGUGGAAAGUCCUUUAGGCAAAGCUCUAGUCUCGUUCAGCACCGGAGAGUUCACACUGCAGUACGGCCUCACGAAUGUGGUGAAUGUGGAAAAUUAUUUAGCAACAAGUCCAACCUCAUUAAACAUCGGAGAGUUCACACCGGGGAAAGGCCAUAUGAGUGCAGUGAAUGUGGGAAAUCCUUUAGCCAAAGGUCUGCACUCCUUCAGCAUCGCGGAGUUCACACUGGGGAGAGGCCUUAUGAGUGCAGUGAAUGUGGGAAGUUCUUUACAUAUCAUUCCAGUCUCAUAAAGCACCAGAAAGUUCAUAGUGGAUCAAGACCUUAUGAGUGCAGCAAAUGUGGGAAGUCAUUUAGCCAAAACUCUAGCCUCAUUGAACACCAUAGAGUUCACACUGGAGAAAGGCCUUAUAAGUGCAGUGAAUGUGGGAAAUCCUUUAGCCAAAGGUCUGCACUCCUUCAGCAUCGCGGAGUUCACACUGGGGAGAGGCCUUAUGAGUGCAGUGAAUGUGGGAAGUUCUUUCCCUACAGCUCCAGCCUCCGAAAACACCAGAGAGUUCACACUGGAUCAAGGCCCUAUGAGUGCAGUGAAUGUGGGAAAUCCUUUACUCAAAAUUCUGGCCUCAUUAAGCACAGGAGGGUUCACACUGGGGAGAAGCCUUAUGAGUGCACUGAAUGUGGGAAAUCCUUUAGCCAUAACUCCAGCCUUAUUAAACACCGGAAAAUUCAUAGUCGAUAAAAGCCUUAUGACUGGCAAAUAUGGAAAAUCUGUUAGCACCCUGGAGAAAGUCCUUGAGUACAGUUAAUGUUAGAAAGCUUCAACUGAAGGCUGCAUCUCAUUGAGUACCACAGAGUUCACAAGGGAAAGACACUUUUGAUAUGUGGAGAUGUCCAGUUGCUAUUAACAGCUAUGAAGGGGAUCCCUUAUGAGGGUGGCAUCAGCCUGAAUUGAAUCUCCUAUAUCUGAACAUCUCCAUAAAUUCCAGGUAUGUGGGAGCUGCACUGCACCUUUUGCCCUGCCCAGGGCCCAUGCCAGAUUUAUGUCUGCUGAUUCUGUAGUGAGAGCCAUUUUACCUCUACUGCCUGGCAGGUGGUCACAGUGUACACCAUUCACUCACCACAGUGUAUUCAGGCCAUGGACCUGAUCCAGUUUGGCCCAGAGGACUCUACGGGUGACCUGAAAAGAGGGACUACCUAUUUCAGGAUAUUGUUGACCUCACAUGACUCUUGAUAUAGUUUGCCAGCCUCCAAAUCACCAACUGUGGGAGCCACCUGCCUCUUAUUGCCCUGAUACACUCUGCUCAGAAGCUAUCGCCUCAUUCUCUGUCCCAUGGCAAUAACCUGAAAGCAGAGAAAUACUGAUGAAAUGCAUGGCGACUUCCAUGAAAGUGGAAAGAUAUAUCACAAAAGGUGUGAAACACAAGAACUGAGUGCAUGGAACUGUUCUGAGAACAAGGGAACUGGGGAGGAAUAGUCUGCUUUGAAGUACUGAGCUUUUGGAGAUUACAGAGGAGAUGUCAUUUCAUCACACAAAGGACAUAAGAAUCAGGUACAGCACAGAAGGAGGAGGAGGAGGAGGGUCUCCAACUCACUCUCAGCCAAAGCCCUCAGAAGGACUUUGCUAGUCAUGUUUGCGCUGCGCAGUAGGCUGCUGUUGUCCAGUCCUAGGUAAAUCCAAUUGAAGCCGGGUAGCUGGUGAUCAAAGAGGACUAUUUGAGGCUGUGUGCAUACCUCAUAAUACAGUGAGUCAAGACUAAAGAACACUGAAAAAAGUGAGCUAUGGAGAAGAACAAGUGACACACUGAGACCACGAGGGUUGAGGUAGCCAAACGCUGGAAGUGACGAUUAAAUGACAGUUCAGCACAGUAAUAAGUAUAGGGAAGUAAAAGUAGAAACGAGGUAUGGCUAGUGGCACUUGCACCAAAAUGCUGCUGGGCACAUUGCAGGUUCCUGAUAUGAUUCUAACACAACUAUGAUGUCAUGCCCUUCCACAGCUGUCACUCACCAAGGCCAGGCCUCCUCUGAGACCAUCUUGCCUUGUUCACUGUGUGAAGCAACUAGGGCACUCCCUGCAGCCCUCACCGUGUUACCACAUAACACAUGAAUAAUUUAAGUCUCUAGGAAAGAGAGGACAGGGGAGUAACCAGCACUCACAAAACAAACAAAAAACACUCAAAGGAGGGUCUUGUCAAAGAGCUCCAUAGUUCAUGUAAGGAGUAACCAUGACAAUGCCUGCAAUUGCUCAUAUAGGUGUACAUAAGAAAAUGGCAGCUAGAGGAAAAGGUCAGAAGGUACCAUGGGCCACAAGGUACCAUGAAUCUGUACACGGUCAACCUGACAGGGAGAAGACAGGAAAGAUAAGAUCUACUAGGCUGACAGCAAGACUCCUGAGACAGAAGUAACUCUGGGGUCAAAAACUAAGGCAGAGACCACUCAGAACACUGGGAGGGAUGCUAAGACCUUACCCAGGGAGGUUACAUGUGCAAAGUUCUCCAGCAUCACAUCACAGUACAGGAACCUCUGAGCUUCAUCAAGGAGCUCCCACUCUUCUUGGGAGAAAUAAAUGGCCACAUCCUCAAAGGUCAUACCCUGUCAUAGCAGGAAUAGUUCAAUCCACGAUCAGACUUGGAGUUCAUUAUCCUCUCGCCCCCAACAUCCAUCCUGGGGUCACCCUAUUACCCACUUCGGAGGAGAUAACCAGCCAUGGUGCCACCAAUGCCUACUCUCUCCCCACAGUUCCACUGAGACCAAGUCCUUGAAUAGCAACAAUAGGCAUGUGAACAGAUAGAUGCUAUCUAAGCUCUAGGCCUGGCAGGUACAGUAUACCUCUUUUUACUCAUAAACACCAGUUAGAGAAGUGGCCUUACAGACAGGAAAGAUAAGAUCUACUAGGUCACCUUUUACCCCUAUGACUCACCCUUUACCCCUAUGACUCCAGUUCACCCACAAAGCCCUGUUUAUUCUCUCUCUUCUCAUGCACGUCACUCUUUGAACCACACCUGUCUCACACAGCUGCAUUCCCAUAGCCACAACUUCAAAGGUCACACAACUUUUUCACUAUGAGUUCAUUCUAUUAUGAAGAACUCAUAAUAGAGUUCUUAAUUUGGGAUCUUCCUAGGAUCCCAAAUUCAUCCCCGCUGCAUCUACCCCUGUUGAUCUUCCUCUACAUCUUCUCAUAUGAAAUAAUAAAACAGGGCCUGCUGACACUGAU